AUGGCCGAGAAAAAAGUCGAAAUAGGCCUUGACGGAGAGAAGGUACGGCAAUAUGGAGAAAACCGCAAUUCGGCAUCGCGAAGGAGGAGUUCAGUUGUGAACCCAGAGGUCCUUGCCGGGGAGCUCUUCGAUGAGCGUUAUGAGCGAACUCAGCGGGGAUUGAAGUCGAGGCACGCACAGAUGAUCGCCCUCGGCGGCACCAUAGGGACAGGUCUCUUUGUCGGCUCCGGUCAAACCCUCGCUCGCGGUGGCCCGGCUUUCAUCCUCGGCUCCUAUUGUCUGAUGUCUUUCCUAAUCUUCUGCGUUGUCUCCGCCAUUAUCGAAGUCGCAGCUUAUCUCCCCACUCCGGGCUCUUCUAUGAACCUCUUCGGAUUCCGUUAUGUCUCCCGUUCGUUAGGGUUCGCACUUGGCUGGCUCUACUUCUACUCCCUCGGCAUUCUCGUCCCCUACGAAAUUACGGCCGCUGGUCUCGUUAUCGAUUACUGGAAUGCGCCUGUCAAUAUUGCAGUAUGGAUUUCUAUCAUGAUCGUCGUUAUUGUGGGCCUGAAUGCUCUGCCAGUCAAGUUCUACGGCGAAACAGAGUUCUGGUUUGCGGGCACUAAGGUUAUAAUGAUGGUUGGACUGCUGAUGGUAUCUUUCAUUCUCUUCUGGGGCGGAGGGCCCGAUCACGAUCGUUUGGGAUUCCGUUAUUGGAAGCAUCCUGGAGCUGCGAAUACCUACCUAGCUGGAGGAGACACCGGGCGCUUCCUUGCGCUACUUUCUACUCUCGUUUUAUCGGCAUUCCCCUUCACCUUUGCCCCUGAACUGCUCAUUGCGACAGGAGGAGAGAUGAAGUCGCCGAGGCGGAAUCUGCCCAUUGCUGCCCGCCGCUACAUCUACCGUCUAGUGUUCUUCUACAUUGGCUGUGUCCUCGCUAUCUCCGUGAUCUGUCCCUCCGACGACCCCAAAAUCACCAACGGCGGUGCCGGCGCAGGAUCUUCAGCCUUCGUCAUCGGGAUCAAAAACGCCGGCAUCCCCGUUCUCGACUCUAUUAUCAACGCCGGCAUCAUUAUCUCCGCCUGGUCAUCCGGAAACUCCUUCCUCUACCUCUCCUCACGCUCUCUCUACGCGCUCGCCCUCUCCGGCAACGCCCCCUCCAUCUUCAAGGCCUGCACUAAAUCCGGCGUCCCUUAUUGGGCCGUAACAGCCUCCUCACUAUUUUGCGGCCUCGCCUACCUAAACGUAGGGUCCAGCUCCUCAGUCGUUUUCAAUUGGUUCGUGAACCUGACCAACACCUCUGGCUUCAUCUCCUGGAUCUGUUGUGGCAUCAUUUACCUGCGUUUCCGCAAAGCAUGUCGCGUGCAAAGCAUUAUGGACUUGCCAUAUCGGUCCAAGCUACAGCCUGUGGGUGCCUGGUGUGCGAUCGUUGGAUUUACGUUCCUCGUGCUUAUCAACGGAUUCAACGUCUUCUGGCCCCAGAAUUGGAACGCGAGUUCCUUCCUCACGGCAUACAUCGGGAUUCCUAUCUUUCUAGGGAUUUACUUCGGACAUCGUAUCUGGGCGUGGAGUGACCCGUGGGCAUAUAGACCUGAAGAUGUGGAUAUGCAUACGGGCAUGGAGGAGGUGCUGGCUGAAGAGAGGCCACAGAGGAAGAUAGAUGGACCGUGGUGGAAGAAGAUUUCUUUGAUUUGGCAGUAG